GAUUACUUCAAGAUUACGAUAGAAAACCACUUCCAGCCGAACCAACAGAACCAGUCCGAUUCGGAGAAGCUGAUGAACUAGGAAAACAAAGAAUACAAAACUUAAAAAACAGAACUUUUCCCCCUCUUUAUGACACCCCCCCAGCUAUAUUGGAAGAAUUGCGCCUUACACAAGGAAAUAAUUACAGAAAUGAAGAAAAUACGUUUUCUAACGCAUUCAGAGUACAUUCUUCGAGACAAAGUCUAGGCGCCCAUGAUAUUGAACACCAAGAUGGGGAAGUUUUCAGGGAGAGAGAAACAAGGUUUUCUGAACCUCGGCAUAAAGAUGAUUUAUUGAAUAGACAGGGAGUAACUGAUUUUAGAAGUUCUACGCAGAAGAUUCAAGAACAAACUGCCGGGUAUUCUACGCAGUAUUUGAUGCAGGACUCUAAGGUUGAAAGACCCAGCUAUAAUUCUAAACAGGAAACAGCAGGACAAGGUGUUGGCUUUUCUACACAAAUACCCAGAGGUUCAAGAUUUGGACCUGAGUCUGAUUUACUGGAUGGGUAUCAGGGUUCAAUAUCUGGAUAUGGAUCAGGACUAGGAUCUGAUCUAGGCUCGGAUUUAAGCUCGGAGCGAGAUAAAAACUGGUUUCAACGACAACGUUUUCAGAACGCAGAACAUGGUGCAUCCUCUAUCCUCUCUCAGUCUGAUUAUGACGGGCAUGUAAGAAUUGGAUCUAAAGCUGGUUCAACUACUUGGACUCAACCCCCAGCCAGUCACAAGUUAGCUUAUCAAUCUGAGAUACGAGAUCUUAUCCGGUCCUACCAUGAUCUUGCAGAAAAUGCUGAUUCAGAUUCUUCAGUCCAGGAGGAGGAUGACGAUGUUUUGAUGGCAGAUUACAGUACAGAAUAUGAAUACCAGGGAGUUGGAGGAAGAAAAAAUGUCACUUUUACUCAAGAUUUCACAAAUGCCACCACCAGCAACUCUAAUAAUAAAGCAUUCAGAUCGGCUGCAAGAAGAAAUGCUUCGUUCAAAACGGCAGUUAAAUCCAACAAUAUUGAUAAAUCUAACAAUUAUCAUCUGUCGAACAACAUUGUUAAAGAAAUAAGUCGGAGUAUGGAGUCGAUCCAUGACGGGUUCCGAAGUUUAUCUCGAGUAAAUUCUAUCAGCUCAUCACAGAGAAGUUUAAGAAGUGAAACAGGUUCUAUUCGUAGUUACAGUUCUACUGGAGGGACAAACAAUAAGAGACUCAGUAGAUCACAGGAGAUUUUAGAAACAAGAUUUGAGCCCAGCAAAUCCAACUUACCUAAGCAACAAAGGAUGAGACCAGAGCUAAGAUCUAAGUCUGCCACAGGUUUAAAUCUACUCGCUAGAGGUCUCAAGCCGAGAAAUCAAAACAGAGCCAGCAAAGGACCUGGUUUUGGACAAAGAGAACUAAGAAGAUAGCUGCUAUGCUGACUAAAAAAUCCGCAAACUCAGUGCAAAAUUACCGCAAAUGUACCGUUGGAUUUGAAGCAAUGUUUGCCAAAAUGUUGGAAUUUUGAAGUUUGUACUUUUCUUACAAUUACAUUUUUUAAUAGUCAGUUAGCAAAAUACAAUUGUCUAGCAAAGAUUUAAUAAAUUCAUUAGUUUUUUAAGAUAAUAAAUGUAUGAAUAAUUUUA